UUUCUUUUAAACGAAGGCAUCUCAACUGUCGGCCGGAUAUCCAAAAGAGAUAUUUCCAUACGAUCUCGUUGUAUUUUUGGGACGCUAGAGAUUGUGACUAGCAAAGACGGACAGUAUAAAAAGCAGCGUACAAGAGUUAGGAGCAGCUCCAGAGCUGGAACCAAAAGCACAUGGGAAAAUCGCACAGUAAACUGAGUCAGGAGCAGCUCAAAGAGCUGCAACGGUGUACCAACUUUGACAAGAAAGAGCUGCAGCAGUGGUACAAGGGCUUUAUGAAAGACUGCCCGUCAGGGGCCCUAGACCGAACCGAAUUCCAAAAAAUCUACAAACAGUUCUUUCCUUUCGGCGAUUCCUCGGCGUUUGCGGACCACGUUUUCAACGUUUUUGACGAAAACAAGAAUGGGUCGAUUGAUUUCGAGGAAUUCAUAUCGGCAUUGUCGGUGACGUCGCGCGGCAAUUUGGAUCAGAAGCUAGUUUGGUCAUUCAAGCUGUAUGAUAUAAAUAAUGAUGGAUACAUUACACGGGAGGAAAUGCUCAAGAUCGUGCAAGCAAUCUACAAAAUGGUGGGAAAUAUGGUCAAACUCCCGCCAGAUGAAGAUACACCAGACAAACGGGUAGAGAAGAUUUUUACCUUGAUGGAUACGAACGAGGACGGGAAACUGGACAUGGAGGAGUUUAGAAAAGGGUCUCAAAAAGACCCAACAAUUGUGCAAGCGCUGAAUCUGUAUGAUGGACUUGUAUAAAGCGUGGGAGUUUCAGCGGGCAGCAAGAACAUGUAAUAUAGGUAGUUUACGUUCCUCACGGCAUACAAAGUGCCGUGGAUUCGAUGUCACCCGAGAAUGGAGAGGUUGGAUAAAGGGACAAUCGCCACAUUCACGACAUCAAACAAUGGGUUUACCAACCCGUUUUAAAUACAAUAUAUGUACAAUCGCAACUCUGAAAUGGGUAUCACAACGUUCA